AUGUCUUUUGUUGCGAGAGGUUGUUGGUGCUCCCCUUUGGGAGAGGUUCAUGAUCUACCCAUACGUGUUGGUCUAGUGCCAGUCCCGAUUAUCUCUUGGCGUGUUGGCUUUAUACUAGGAUUAUGUCCUUGGAUGCUGUUUUGGGUGAUGUCUUGGGGUGGUACCAUAGCAGACAAUUUCAAUGUAUCCUAG